CCCAAACCCACGAAGGGUCGGAUGCGUAUCCACUGUCUGGAGAACGUGGACAAAGCUCUGCAGUUCCUGAAGGAGCAGAGGGUUCACCUGGAGAACAUGGGCUCCCACGACAUCGUAGACGGGAACCACCGCCUCACGCUCGGCCUCAUCUGGACCAUCAUCCUCCGCUUCCAGAUCCAGGACAUCAGCGUGGAGACGGAGGACAACAAGGAGAAGAAGUCGGCUAAAGAUGCUCUGCUGCUGUGGUGCCAGAUGAAGACUGCAGGAUAUCCAAACGUGAACAUCCACAACUUCUCCACCAGCUGGAGAGACGGGAUGGCUUUCAACGCUCUCAUCCACAAACACAGACCCGACCUGAUCGACUUCGAUAAGCUGAAGAAAUCAAACGCUCACCACAACCUGCAGAAUGCCUUCAACCUGGCGGAGCAGCACCUCGGCCUCACCAAGCUGCUCGAUGCCGAAGACAUCAGCGUGGAUCAUCCCGAUGAGAAGUCCAUCAUCACCUACGUUGUGACCUACUACCACUACUUCUCUAAGAUGAAGGCUUUGAAGGGAGGGAAGAGAAUCGGAAAGGUUCUGGACAACGCCAUCGAGACGGAGAAGAUGAUCGAGAAGUACGAGUCUCUGGCGUCGGUGCUGGAGUGGAUCGAGCAGACCAUCAUCAUCCUCAACAACAGGAAGUUCGCUAACUCUCUGGUUGGAGUCCAGCAGCAGCUUCAGGCGUUCAACACCUACCGGACCGUGGAGAAGCCGCCAAAGUUCACAGAAAAAGGAAACCUGGAAGUUCUUCUGUUCACCAUCCAGAGUAAAAUGAGAGCAAACAAUCAGAAAGUUUAUACUCCUCGAGAAGGAAAGCUCAUCUCUGACAUCAACAAGGUAAACAAACACAUCUCUGACAUCAUCAAGGUAAACAAACACGUCUCUGACAUCAUCAAGGUAAACAAACACGUCUCUGACAUCAUCAAGGUAAACAAACACGUCUCUGACAUCAUCAAGGUAAACAAACACGUCUCUGACAUCAACAAGGUAAACAAACACAUCUCUGACAUCAACAAG